AUGGUGGGAGGGUCUUCUGUAACUCCAAUUCAGAGAAGAUUCCCGAGGGUUUAUUCAUAUCUACAUCUGAUCCACCAUUUUCUAAUCCAUGGAGAGGAAGCAAAAACGAACAAGUUUCGUGAACGUGAGGCUACCGACGAUAACCUGGGCUAUCCCAAUUUUGAUGAGGAUGAAUUGUUGAAUAAACAAUGCCCUCAGAAUUUGGAGCUAAGAUGGCAGACUGAAGUUAGUUCUAGCAUAUAUGCAACACCAUUGAUUGCUGACAUCAACAGUGAUGGCAAGCUUGAUGUUGUUGUUCCAUCUUUUGUUCACUACCUGGAAGUUCUAGAAGGUUCUGAUGGAGACAAAAUGCCAGGAUGGCCUGCUUUUCAUCAAUCCACUGUUCAUGCAAGUCCACUCUUAUAUGAUAUUGACAAAGAUGGUGUGAGAGAAAUAGCUUUGGCUACAUACAAUGGCGAGGUGCUCUUCUUCCGGGCUUCAGGUUAUAUGAUGUCAGAUAAACUAGAGGUUCCUAGGCUAAAAGCUAAAAGGGAUUGGUAUGUGGGAUUGCAUCCAGAGGUAGUUGAUCGAUCACAUCCAGAUGUUCAUGAUGACCUACUUAAAGAGGAGUCUGCUGUUCACUCCAUACCUCAAGCAAACCAUACAUCUGAUGUGGAGGACAAUAAGGGAAAAGAGAAUGAAACACAGCCAAAACCUGAACCACCACAGAAUACAAUGAAUACUUCUUCAGAGGAACAUUCCGGAAGUCCACAGAAUGAGAGUGAUGCACAAAAUAAUACUAUUCCACAUAUCGAGUUGCCAAAUGACACACAUAAUAUCUCAUCAAUAUCUGCACCAGAGAAUCUAGAAGGUUCUAAUAAUGAAACAAAAACUGGAAGAAGGCUUCUAGAAGAAAACAUUAAUACCAAUGAUCACAAGGAUGUUCCUGUUGCAACUGUUGAAAACAAUGAAGCCCUUGAGGCAGAUGCUGAUCAAUCUUUUGAGCUGUUUCGUGACAAUGAUGAGCUGGCAGAUGAGUAUAGUUAUGAUUAUGAUGAUUAUGUUGAUGAAACAAUGUGGGGGGAUGAAGAGUGGACUGAAGCACAACAUGAAGCAUCUCAGAAUUAUGUCCAUGUUGAUUCACACAUUCUAUGCACACCUGUGAUUGCUGAUAUUGAUGGUGAUGGGGUUUCUGAGAUGAUUAUUGCAGUGUCAUACUUCUUUGAUCAUGAGUACUAUGAUAAUCCAGAGCAUGUGAAGGAACUUGAUGGUAUUGAUAUUGGGAAAUAUGUUGGUGGAGGAAUUGUCGUUUUUAACCUUGAGACAAAACAAGUUAAGUGGACAGCAGAAUUGGAUUUAAGUACUGAUAGUGGGAAGUUGCGUGCCUAUAUAUAUUCCUCUCCAACUGUGGUUGAUUUGGAUGGUGAUGGAUACCUUGACAUUCUUGUAGGAACUUCUUAUGGCUUUUUUUAUGUCCUUGAUCAUAAAGGCAAAGUAAGGGAGAAGUUCCCUCUUGAGAUGGCUGAAAUCCAGGGUGCAGUAGUGGCUGCUGAUAUCAAUGAUGAUGGAAAGAUUGAAUUAGUGACUACUGAUGUACAUGGAAAUGUUGCUGCAUGGACUCCUCAAGGUGUAGAAAUUUGGGAAGUUCAUCUUAAAAGCUUAAUUCCUCAGGGUGUGAGUGUUGGUGACGUGGACGGAGAUGGGCACACUGAUGUGGUGGUUCCAACCGUAUCUGGAAAUAUUUAUGUCUUAAGUGGUAAAGACGGGUCAUUUGUACGCCCGUAUCCAUACAGAACCCAUGGGAGAGUCAUGAAUCAAGUCCUCCUUGUUGAUUUGGGUAAACGAAAGGAAAAGAAGAAAGGACUUACACUCGUCACAACUUCAUUUGAUGGCUAUUUGUAUCUCAUCGAUGGACCUUCCUCAUGUGCUGAUGUUGUUGAUAUCGGCGAAACAUCAUAUAGCAUGGUGUUGGCGGACAAUGUUGAUGGUGGAGAUGAUCUUGAUCUUAUAGUGACAACCAUGAAUGGGAAUGUGUUUUGUUUUUCAACACCUUCUCCACAUCAUCCUCUCAAGGCAUGGAGAUCACAUAAUCAAGGACGAAACAACGUUGCAGCUCGUGUUGAGCGUGAAGGGGUGUACGUUACGCCUUCAUCCAGAACAUUCCGCGAUGAAGAAGGAAAGAAUUUUUGGGUGGAAAUUGAAAUUGUAGAUAAACACAGGGUGCCCUCGGGUUCUCAAGGCCCUUACAAUGUCACUACAUCGUUGUUGGUUCCGGGAAAUUACCAAGGGGAAAGAACGAUUAAGAAGAACGAGGUGUUUGAAAAGGCCGGGAAAUACAGGAUGAAGCUGCCGACGGUGGGUGUACGGACGACGGGAACGGUGGUGGUGGAGAUGACCGACAAGAAUGGAUUGUACUUUUCUGAUGAGUUCUCGUUGACGUUUCAUCUUCAUUACUACAAAUUGCUGAAAUGGCUGCUGGUGCUUCCAAUGAUUGGGAUGUUUGCGGUGCUGGUUAUCUUUCGACCACAGGAAGCCAUGCCUUUGCCUUCCUUCUCACGCAACACAGAGUUAUGACUUAUGAAAUGAGAGAUAACAAGAUAUAUAGUGGAAAACAAAAGAAACAGAAACGAUGUCGUUUUGUUUUUUGGUGUUGUUAGAUGGAGGAGUUGCAGAGUUGGGAAAAAGAAAAACAGUUCCCAUUUUAGUUUUUUUUUUUU